GUUAAUGCCAUACAAAAAGAAAAAAAAAUUCAUUGUCAAUCAACCGGAAACCGGAUAAUAAUAAUAAUAUUUUCAUUACGAAUUCCUUAUCAAUAUCACCUAAUAUUUUCUGCUUUAAUAGAAAAAAAUAUAAUACUAUUAAGAAAGUUGUUUGAGAUUCUUCUAUGUAUAAGAUUUUUUAAAUUGUAAACAUUUAUUAAAAAGGUUAGAAUGCCGCAAGCCAAACGCAAAACUCCUUUUAGCGGGAAAGCGAAGAAACAGCAGUUGCAAACGAAGAAAAAUAAACAGAACAGAACUCUUCUUUUGUCGACAUCAUCAGGCUCCAGUUCUUAUGAUGUCGUGUCUGUGAACUACCAGCCGAGUAAGGGCCGCGGUGGACGAGGUGAUGCCAACCGCUAUGCACUCAAGUUCUACCGAGAAACAGACGAAGACAUGAAAGUUAAGAAGGAAGAGGCUCUACAGUCCCUUAAUCCAGUUCCAGAGAAGGACAUGGAAGUAGACCCAUCAGAUUAUUUCCCAGCUGACCUGACAUUCCCCAAGCGUCCACCUUGGGAUUUCAGCAUGAAACCAGCUCAAUUGGAUGCACAAGAACAAAGAUACUUUAAGAACUAUGUGGACGGACUGCAAUCUUCAGAACACUGGAGGCAUGUGUCAUAUUUCGAGCUGAACUUGGAGACCUGGAGACAGCUGUGGCGCGUGCUGGAGAUGUGUGAUGUACUGCUGCUCAUUGUGGACGUCAGAUAUGCUGGCAUGAUGUUUCCACCGUCCCUCUACCAGUACGUCGUCAAAGAACAGAAGAAGAACAUGAUCCUGGUGCUCAACAAGAUAGACCUGGUUCCAGCAGGCGUCGUGGCAGCCUGGCAGGACUACUUCACCAGCAGCUUCCCUGGACUGCAUGUGGUAUACUUCACAUCCUGUCCAGGAUACAACUUGAGAGGAUCAACUAAGGAUAAAGCUGGUCUUCAAGUGCGGAGAAGGAAAGGUCGUCAGCAGAUGUGUGCAGAAGGUGCAACCAAGAUCUUUGAAGCAUGCAAGGAUAUAGUUGGCAACGAGGUGGACCUCACAUCCUGGGAGAGGAAGAUCAAGGAGGAGUCUGAAGUGGAGCUGGGAGAGGAUGAGCAGACUGAAGUUGGUGAAACGAUCCUAGAGAAAGCAGAUACAACAUAUUACAAACAUGAGAAAUAUAAAAAUGGUAUACUAACCAUAGGCUGUGUGGGGCAGCCCAACGUUGGGAAGUCAUCCCUCAUGAAUGCCAUCAUGGGGAAGAAGGUGGUAUCCGUCUCCAAAACACCAGGGCACACCAAGCACUUCCAGACAAUAUUUUUGACUCAACAGGUCAGACUGUGCGAUUGUCCCGGAUUGGUUUUCCCCUCAAAAGUGCCACGGCCUAUACAAAUACUUAUGGGAUCGUAUCCCAUAGCGCAGUUACGAGAGCCAUAUACUACUAUAAGAUAUUUAGCAGAAAGACUGGACCUACCGAAGUUGUUAAGGAUCGAUCACCCAGAAAACGAUGAUUCUUGGUCACCGAGGGAUAUCUGCGACGGUUGGGCCAAGAAGCGAGGCUACCUCACCGCUAAAGCUGCCAGAUUGGAUACAUACAGAGCGGCCAACAGCUUACUCCGGAUGGCACUGGAUGGGAAGAUUUGUCUAUGGCUGAGGCCGCCAGGGUACACGGAGCAACAAGAAACCUACGCAACUUGUAAAGAGAUAAAAUACAUAAAGUGGGUGCAAGCAUUAACUGAAGAUAACGAAUCCAGUCCCAUCACGUCGGAGUCUGAUGACGAGAGGCGGACAGAGUCGUGUGACAGCGCCGACUGUGAUGACAGCAGUGAUAGCGACCAAGAGGAGACUAUAGCAAUGGCGAACAAGUUCAACAUGCUGGCCAGCGAGGACUAGACGACCGAAGUUUCCAGACUUUCCAUACUUUUGGCUCUUUUCAGAACUUUUUCACUCUUUUUCAAUCGUAUUCUGACCUUUUUCGGACUUAUCAUCAUUUUUUCUGAAGUAUUUCGAUCUUUUCUGCCAUUUUCUAUUGUUUCCGGUCAAUUCUCGAUGCUUUCUGAUCUUUUUCGCUCCAAAAUUAUAGGUUAUAUCCUAUUUCUUCAUUUUGGUAUAAUUAUGUCCGUGUAUUUUAUAACCGGGAAUAUGAAAUACAAUUAAAGAGUAAUUUCGCCGAUUUAUUAUCAAUUUAUAGUGAAGACUGAUUUUCUUAUUUAUUUGAUUAGUAGAAAAAGGUGUUUUGUAGGUGGGCAAGCUAUUAAUAUAUUAAUUUUCUAUUUGUAACGCUAAUUACGUAAUGCAAAAACUUUGUAUAGCUUUUUACGAAAAAUAAGCCAACGUAGAAGUUUGAAUUUAGCCACAGAUGAAGUUUAUGUGGAGAAGAGAAUGCAGAAGUAUAAUAUUUUUAUAUCUUAAUGCUUAAAAUUAAUAAAACAACACAUUACACUUACCAUUUAUACUCUAUUUACCUCAUACCGUUCUUUCUACUAUAUCAUACUGAGGAGUAUGAAAUUCCUUUUUCUAAUAAAAAGAUAUUUUUUUAUAUAAUAAUGCUUAAAAAUUAAUUAGUGUAAUGUUUUAUUUAAUUAUUAGAGUAAUAAUAAAAUAAAAGAUUACACUUAAAACCAUACAUUUGGCACCGCAUAUAUAUAUAUAGACAUACAUUUAGUCUGACAAUAGAACCUUAAUAAUAAAAUAUAAAUUAUGGUUAAAAUGUGACCAUUAGACGUCCGCUAGUAUAAAUAAAAUCAAAUUAUUUUUGUAGUAUAUUCAACGCAAAUAUUGUAAUAUUGAAUGAAAAAAAAUGUAUGCAGUAGUGGCAUCUAUAAUGUACAUCACACAUUUAGGGACGGGAGGGGGUUGACUAAUUACGGAAUUAUGUGACAAUAGGGGACUGGUCAUAAAUUUCGUAACAUCACAUUUCAUUAAUAAAUAUUUUAAAUGGAAAUAAAACUGAUUACUAAUUUAGUAUAUUAUCAUGAAUAGAUGUAACAUGGCUAAAUAUGUGACAUAACAAUUGGAAAGGCUUGU